UACCCUAAAAGAUCAUCGAAACGCUUUCCUUUGAUGAUUGUUACGCCUAUUUUGAGCGCUUUAACAACGCUGAUGAGAUGAGUUGUCUUGACUCAAAACAACCAUGUCCACGAAAGCCUACAGCACAAUUCCCGAUUUGAUCAGCAGCAGCGUGUCUUUAGACUUAGAUAAAGGAAAUAAUGGAGGGACCAAAUUCUUCACCAGUGGUACCAUAUACCCACUAGCCCCACAGCGAUCCUUUCUGAGGACAGUAGCAGCAGAACUCCAAAAUGUGAUGAGGAUAAAAGCAUCGAGGAAGAUUUUACUGGUCCUGGGGCUGAAUGUGCUGGGAUCUCUUCUUCUGUUGAUAUGGUGCCAUGGAUCAGACAGCAUGGCUCUCACUGCCUACACAUACCUGACACUCUACGACAUAUUCACAAUUCUGAUCUGUUUGCUGAGUAUUUGGGUCCAGAUGCAGAAGCCUACGCCAGCAUAUUCAUUUGGAUAUGAAAGAUUUGAAGUACUAGCAGUGUUUGCCUCCACGAUGUUAGCCCAACUUGGAGCUCUGUUUGUUAUCAAAGAAAGCAUAGAAAGACUGAUCCAGCAGCCAGACAUUCACACGGGAAGGCUAUUGGUGGGAACUGUUUUCGCCUUCACGCUACACAUGUUUGUAGCAUACAGUGUAAAUAAUCGAGCGAUGAACCAUGUCAUUGACGCUUCAAGUUCCAGUUGGCUACAGGAGCAUAUGACUGACAUGAGUGAAAGUUUGUGCCAUGUCAUACCCGGUCUCAGUAAGCUGUUGUUACCCAGGAUAAAUCCACUCGCCCUCAUCGGCUUUACAGGUGGUCUGGCGAUUUGUGUAACUUACAUCCUCAUAGAUACAAAAAUGUACUACUCUGCUGACACUUGGGCCGCCAUAUCUAUCGCUGUCAUGAUCUGUGGCACCAUGUUUCCAAUGAGUGCAUACACUGGGAAAAUACUACUACAGACAUCCCCAGCUCACAUUCUUGGUCAGCUGGACAAACUCCUUAGGGAAGCUUCCACGUUGGACGGUGUACUAGAGUUCAGACAUGAACAUUUUUGGACUCUCUCCUUCGGUCGUCUGGCUGGAUCUGUACAAGUGCGGGUACGUCGUGACGCUGAUGAACAAAUGGUGCUGGCACAUGUGUACAACCGACUCUCAAACCUUGUGAAUCACCUCACUGUCCAGAUUUUUAAGGAUGACUGGACACGGUCAAGCUACAACAUGUUAGGUACCCAGGGAUUCCCGUCGAGUUUCUCAUCCUCAUCCAUCGGGCAGCCCCGUGCCGCUUCACCUACAGUAGACACAUUUCAUAUUUCAGGGAAGGUGCCGUCCUCCCCUCUGUCUGUUUCACCAUUUGACAAUUCAAAUCGGGGUCAUUCCCUAGAUAACAGUGUUAACAGUCAUUCUCAUAGUAGUGGCCAUCUUCAUGACUUUAGUACACCCGUCAGAGGUAGUAACUUUCAACCAUCCACUGGACAAUUUUCUGUGAGUGCAUAUGGUUCUCAGCUUAACCAGCAUUAAGAAAAACUGUUCUGGGAACAAAAAUUACAGAAAAGAAAUAAUAUGCUACAGGUAAUUGUUACUGGUGAAUUUCCUGGAGAUUUGACUAAAUCUUAUUGAAUCGAAGUGAAAUCGGAUUUUAAAAGUCUGAAUUAGAUGGAAUGUGUCCUGUUUCCUGUAUUAAAAUGACGUUUUUUAAGUAAAUGAAUAUGUAUGCAGAUUCAUGUUUCUAAAAGUUUAGCAAUUCAUUGCCAAUGUGAUAUGGAAAUGACAUUAGAAAAUAAUUGAUAUACAUGCUGAAUGAGUGGAUAUAAAAUGGUAAAUAAAUGUGAUAAUGUUUCGUAUAAGUGAGGAGUAAGUAUGUGUGUGUAAGCGAGUGAAAAUUUGGCAGUCAGCGAACCAUUUAAAUGUUGAAUUGGACUUCAGGGCACGUUCCAAUGCAAAUUGUAAAAAGUCAUUGAGUAGUCAAUUACAAGUUUUGAAAAUGAAAAUGACAUAAAAUUGUACUGAAGUCUAUAUAAUUAUAAGAAACAGUUCAUAGAAAGAGAAAAUAAGAAGCUAGUCUAGUGAGUGUGGUACAUGUGCACUGUAUUUUAUUGUUUAAGAACAUAAUUAUACAUUCUGUUGCUAGAAGACAUUUGAGCAUUAAACUGAACAAAACAAAAAA